AUGCACCCCGUUCUUGCCAACCUUUCCGACACCUUGAACACGGCAUUUCGGGAUCAUGAUGGUUUUGCCAGUUCGAUGAGCGGUGAAGAUUCAGUAUCCAUCACAGUCUUGUCCACUGAUGCCGGCAACACUCCCUUGUUCGAUUUCCAUUACUCGUCUUCCAACCUCAACGAGAGUGCUGGGAGCACUCUUAAUGUUACUCAAGACACGGUGUAUCGAAUUGGUAGCAUUUCGAAGCUCUUCACUGCCUACAUGCUUUUGGUCAACUACGGGUGGGAACAUUGGGACAAGCCAGUCACAGAUUUAUACCCGAAUUACGUGGGCAUUCCAAGAUUCCUUGGCGUCUCAUCUUUCUGGUAUUGGGAGAGACUCAAUGGUGACUUGGCGAGCCAAGACUUCCCCAGGGAAGAGGCUGGUCUGCCAAAGCUUCCGUCAAAGGAUGUUCCUGAUUGUGUGGGAAACUCCACUCUGCCGCCCUGCAACCGAAAAGAAUACUUCGAGGGCUUCACUCAAAGACAUCCCAUCUUCGCCACCCAUAGCACACGCGUCUACUCGAACGCUGCCUACCGCAUUCUGGGUUAUGUACUUGAACGCCUCUCCGGGAAAUCGUAUCACGAUCUACUACAAUCAUCUGUUGUGAAGCCACUGCGUCUCAGUGGUACGGGCACGGAGCGGCCAACGGCCCACAAUGUCCCAGUGAUUCCCAACGGCGAUAGUGCGUGGUUUCAAGAUACCGGCGACGAAGCACCAACCGCAGGAUUGUAUUCCCCCUCACUGGAUUUGGCUCGUUUUGGCCAAGCAGUUCUGCAGAACCGGCAACUGUCUCCGGCCUUUACCAGGCGCUGGAUGAAGCCCACUUCUCACACCGCGUCACUGAGCUUGUCCGUUGGAAGUCCCUGGGAGAUCCACCGAACGAGGAGCAACAUAACCGACGGACGUGUCAUUGACUUGUACACAAAGUCUGGCUCGCUGGGCAGGUACAAUUCGUUGCUGGUGCUUAUUCCGGAUUUCCAAAUCACAUUUUCUAUCUUGACGGCUGGCAUCACCGGCAGCCCCGCCAUAAAGGUAGCCACAGAAUUGGUGACAUCGUCCCUCCUGCCUGCUCUCGAGAAAAUCAGCGGCAUCCAAGCCUGUGAGAACCUCUGCGGGACAUACGCGUCAACCACAAAGCAGGAAAACUCCUCCAUCAGUAUCACGGCCGACGAGAAAGGGCUUCUAGUUAAAAGCUGGGUCAGUCGAGGCGUCGACAUUCAACAAGUAGCAAAAGGCAUGGUGGAAGAUGGAGAACAGCAAGCCAUACGACUCCAGGUGACCAAUCUCCAUACGUCGACGUCUUCUCAUGGGAAAAAAUCCGGUCACGUUUCGUAUCGGGCACUCUUUAUGACAACUUCCAAAGGCAACAAUUUUCACAUCUUGGAUGAUGCCCCAGAGCAAUGGUCUGGUGUUGACAGUGUCAACUAUGGGAAUGUUGCUGCCGAUGACUUCGUUUUCAGCCUGAACCGAGAUGGUAAGGCUGCAAGUCUGGAAGUGAGGGUUCUGAGGGAGACCUUCAAGAAGCAGAAGUAA